AUGGAACCCUCGGAAACGUCGUCGAAACAAUAUAUUCAAAAGGAGAUCAACGUUAUUCUGUUGGGCGAAACUGGUUCAGGGAAAUCAACUCUGAUAAACUAUUUGACCAAUUAUUUCCAUAACGGUACACCCGGCAAUUUGAAAAUUGCCGUUCCCACUAAGUAUCAUGCAGCAACCGAGGGUCUUAAGCACCACGAAGACAACGUUCAGGAUGCUUCAAAAAGCAAAACUAGAGCAUGUGCUGUAUAUAACUUCAGAAAGCAGGACACGAUUUUCAACUUCAUAGAUACACCAGGGCUCAGUGAUACCGAAGGGGUAGUACAGGAUGACUUCAACAUUCAGCAAAUUAUGGGUGCUGCCGAGCAGAGCGGAUUGCUGACAGCAAUCAUCCUCGUUAUAAAUGGAACGCAGGCCCGAGCCACAGUAACACUACGCAACACGUUGUGUCUGUUGAGAAGCUCAAUACCGGACGUCCUUCUGCAGAACCUCGUCGUUGUUCUAACAAACUGUUCUGCUGCGUCCGUUAACUUCGAUAUGGUGCAUUUGAAACCUUGGACUGUUCCUGAAGCAAACGUUUUUUACAUGAACAACUGUGCCCUCAGUAGACCAGUAUCACAAUGGAUGGACAACGAGCGUAUGAAGAAAGCUGUGGAAAAGGAAUGGGAGAGCUCAAUGGAAACCAUCGAAGAAUUGAUCCUGAGCUUGACGCAGCUUAGUGGCAAAGCAACCGAAGCAUUCACACAAAUGCGCAUGAAAAGAGACAUGAUAAAAUCGCAGCUGCAUAGCAUUUUGCUAGAGGUGAAGAAAUUCCAGAGUCUUCAAAGCGAACUAGAUGUUAUGAAAAUCACACAGAAGAGUAUAUCCACUGACAUAAAAAAAUAUUCCGACUACAAGCGCACGAAGCAAGUAGAAGUCACAGAAUUUGAGCAAUGUGAUUAUUACAGUACAAUUUGUUCUUUAUGCUCGGAUACGUGCCGCGAAAAUAAGGCCAAUGUCAAUCCAUUCCAGUUAAUCCUUGGAACCAUACUGAAUGCAUUCCCGAGACUUAACAUAGCAUAUAACAUAAUCAACUCGUUUUUAUCUUUUGCUGAACCGCUUUGUAACUGCAACCAUCCCCUCAACAAACACUACAACGCCAACGUACGACCAGUCAAGAAAACAAAAACCUUCGAGGAAAUUCUCCAAGAUGUAAAAAACGCCUAUGAUCAGAGCAUGAGAAAAAAUGAGAAAAUACAGUCUAAAAUCGGUAACCUGGACAGCGACAUCACUGCCGUGAAAUAUGCUCUCGACGAAAAAGAAGCAGAAAUCAUGAAAUGCUGCCACGAGCUCAAGAAGCUCUGCUCGCAGUUUAACUUUGUGGACGAGCUGCAGAGUAUCUUUGACAUCAUGGAGAGAGAUGCCCGUACGCUUACCUCCACGGUGGCAAGGACCGAUGCCGAGAAAAGAAUUAGAAACAUCAAACACGUGGUCGAUACGCUGUCGUCUACUGGGAAUAGUGGCUAG